GGAAGGAGAGGGAGAGGGAGAGGAGACCCAGCCUGACGCUGCUGAAAAGGCAACGGAUGGCACCUUUCCCCCCCGCCUCCUCCUCCUCCUCCUCCUCCUCCGCCUUCCUCCUCUUCUCCUCCUCCUCCUCCUUCCUCCCCUGCCCGCCUCCUCCUCCUCCUCCUCCCGGGGAGCGAAGGGGCCGCCCGCUUUGGCCGAGGCAGGUCUCCCGGAGAGCCGCGCUUCCAGGCGAACAAGAGGAGAGGCAACGCGGCCGCGCAGAUCUGUUUCAUUUUCACAAAGAACACCGUUGGGAAAAAUCCCUCCAACAAUCAAAUGCAGCAAUCUUCUUAGUUUUGGCCUUACAGAGAGAAGACAAAUCAGGAGCUGUGAAGCUUUGCAUAACAAGUAGCUUCUGAGUUGCCUGAGAGCUUCUGGAUUUCAGCCUCUUCACAAACGAAGAGGAGGAAAAAUAUUUCCUUGUCUGCUUUAUGGCAGGCAGAUCAUGGUUCCCUGAGAGCUUUGGUUUGGGGAAGACUGGAUUGAGAUUUGGCCAUUGCUGUUUGAAGUGAAGAGUGAGCAGAAAAAGCAAAGCCUGGGGAAAUACCACUAUUGGACAAUAUGACUACUACGUGCACGUGGAUACUGAUCCCUCUAUGAAUGCUUGGAUAUUGACCCCAUCUUUCUGGGUCUGUGGAUACUUGGAGAAGACUUUCUGGGUACUUUGUGGGCUUCCCCACAUCUGUAUAUUUUUCACCCAUCCCCAUCUUUCUUUUCAGUUCAACAACAUGGGCUUUUAAUGGUAUGAUCUGCUGAGUCAAUGGUAGACACUUGUCUCAGAAGCCGAGCAGAUGACUGAAUAACAUCUAUUGUGCCUUUUAUUUUCUAAAGACAGCUCAAGCAAAGGAGCACAUCUCUUGGUGCUUGAUUUCUUCUUUCCUCCCUUUAAGAGGAGAAGUGAUUUCGGCCAUAGGUGGACACAGCAGAACUUCUCCUACUGGGUGGAGGCAACUACUUUAGUCCUUCCCAGCACACUAAGAAAGCAAGAGUCUACCAUCUGGUCUGAGUGGUUCCUGGAAAGAUUUUACCCUGUCUGCUUCAAACCCCCCACCACCACUCCCCCCUCCUCUCCCCCCUCUCCCCCACCCCACCCCACGGAGAAUGGGGCCUGUGCUCCUCAGGCGUGGAGGUUGCCUCCUGCUUUGGAUGGCACUGCUCCUGGGAUGCUGGGCCGAGCUUGGCAGUGGCCUAGAGUUCCCGGGAGCAGAGGGCCAAUGGACUCGAUUCCCAAAAUGGAAUGCCUGCUGUGAGAGCGAAAUGAGCUUCAACAUGAAGACCCGCAGUUCCAGUGGUCUGGUCCUUUACUUCGACGACGAGGGCUUCUGCGAUUUCUUGGAGUUAAUUCUGACUCAAGGCGGGCGCCUUCAGCUGAGCUUUUCCAUCUUCUGUGCCGAGCCUGCCAUCUUACUCUCCGACAUGGCCGUCAAUGACAACCUGUGGCACACAGUAAUCGUCCGCCGCAAUUUUAAGAACACAACGCUAUUAAUUGACCAGGCAGAGGCAAAAUGGGUGGAGGUCAAAUCCAAACGGCGGGAUAUGACGGUCUUUAGUGGCCUCUUUCUAGGAGGGUUGCCUCCUGAGCUACGUUCGCCAACUUUAAAAGUAACACUCUCCUCGGUGAAGGACCGAGAACCCUUCAAAGGUUGGAUAACAGAUGUAAGGGUCAACUACACGCAGUCCUCACCUGUGGAGAGUCAAGAAGUACGACUGGAUGAUGAACAGAGUCACCUGUGUGCCCGGGAUGAUGUUUGCCUCAAUGGCGGCGUCUGUUCUGUGCUCAAUGACCAGGCAGUGUGUGACUGCUCCCAGACUGGCUUCCGUGGGAAAGACUGCAGCGAAGAAGACAACCAUGUGGAAGGUCUGGCGCACUUGAUGAUGGGCGAUCAAGACAUUGCUGCUCUUUUUGCAAAAGCUGAAUCCCGACCCUAUCCAGGAAAAGAAGAAUACAUCGCAACAUUUAAGGGAUCAGAGUAUUUCUGCUAUGACUUGUCCCAAAAUCCUAUCCAGAGCAGCAGUGAUGAAAUAACUCUGUCCUUUAAAACUCUUCAGAGGAACGGACUCAUGCUUCACACCGGGAAAUCGGCAGAUUAUGUCAACCUCGCCCUGAAAAAUGGAGCUGUCUCCUUGGUUAUUAAUUUGGGCUCAGGGGCCUUUGAAGCACUGGUGGAACCUGUGAAUGGGAAAUUUAAUGACAAUGCCUGGCAUGAUGUGAAAGUAACCAGGAAUCUGCGUCAGCACUCAGGCAUUGGACACGCUAUGGUAAACAAACUACAUUGUUCGGUGACAAUAUCAGUGGAUGGAAUUCUGACCACAACGGGCUACACACAAGAAGACUACACCAUGUUGGGCUCCGAUGACUUUUUCUAUGUUGGAGGAAGUCCCAGUACGGCCGACUUGCCAGGGUCACCAGUCAGUAACAACUUUAUGGGCUGUCUUAAAGAGGUUGUGUAUAAGAACAAUGAUGUACGGCUAGAACUGUCUCGACUUGCCAAGCAAGGCGAUCCAAAGAUGAAGAUCCAUGGUGUGGUUGCAUUUAAGUGUGAAAAUGUAGCAACUUUGGAUCCAAUCACUUUUGAAACACCAGAAUCUUUCAUCUCUUUGCCAAAGUGGAAUGCCAAGAAAACCGGCUCAAUAUCAUUUGACUUUCGCACUACUGAGCCAAAUGGCCUGAUACUUUUCAGCCAUGGUAAACCACGUCAUCAGAAAGAUGCCAAACACCCACAAAUGGUAAAAGUGGAUUUCUUUGCUAUUGAGAUGCUUGAUGGUCACCUCUACCUGUUGCUGGACAUGGGAUCUGGUACAAUUAAAAUAAAAGCUUUACAGAAGAAAGUGAAUGAUGGAGAAUGGUACCACGUUGACUUUCAAAGGGAUGGACGAUCGGGUACCAUUUCUGUCAACACGAUGCGAACACCUUACACUGCACCUGGAGAGAGUGAAAUUUUGGACCUCGAUGAUGAUUUGUAUCUUGGAGGUUUGCCAGAAAAUAAAGCUGGCCUGGUCUUCCCAACAGAAGUCUGGACAGCUCUUCUAAAUUAUGGCUACGUGGGAUGCAUCCGGGACCUUUUUAUUGAUGGUCAAAGCAAAGAUAUUCGCCAAAUGGCAGAAAUCCAAAGCACUUCUGGGGUGAAACCUUCGUGUUCAAGAGAAACAGCAAAACCAUGCUUGAGCAAUCCAUGUAAAAACAACGGUGUGUGCAGAGAUGGCUGGAACAGAUAUGUCUGUGAUUGUUCUGGUACAGGCUACUUGGGCAGAUCGUGUGAGAGAGAGGCAACGGUUUUAAGCUAUGACGGAAGUAUGUUUAUGAAAAUACAGCUCCCUGUGGUGAUGCACACAGAGGCGGAAGACGUGUCCUUACGGUUCAGAUCUCAGCGAGCUUAUGGCAUUUUAAUGGCCACAACUUCAAGGGAAUCCGCUGACACGCUGCGUUUAGAACUGGAUGCAGGACGUGUUAAGCUAACAGUCAACCUAGACUGUAUCAGGAUUAACUGUAAUUCCAGCAAAGGUCCAGAAACCCUUUUUGCUGGCUAUAACCUCAAUGACAAUGAAUGGCACACGGUACGUGUGGUUCGAAGAGGGAAAAGUUUAAAAUUAAUGGUGGAUGACCAACAAGCCAUGACAGGUCAAAUGGCCGGGGAUCAUACAAGACUGGAAUUCCACAACAUAGAAACAGGAAUCAUAACAGAACGCCGCUAUUUGUCCUCAGUCCCUUCCAACUUCAUUGGUCAUCUGCAGAGCCUCACUUUUAAUGGCAUGGCAUACAUUGACUUGUGUAAAAAUGGGGAUAUUGACUACUGUGAGCUAAAUGCCCGGUUUGGCUUCCGGAACAUCAUCGCCGAUCCAGUCACCUUUAAGACAAAAGCCAGCUAUGUUGCUCUUGCCACAUUGCAAGCUUAUACUUCUAUGCACCUGUUUUUCCAGUUCAAAACGACAUCGUUGGAUGGGUUAAUACUCUACAACAGCGGGGAUGGGAAUGACUUUAUCGUGGUUGAGUUAGUCAAAGGGUAUCUGCACUAUGUCUUUGAUCUGGGAAAUGGUGCAAAUCUUAUUAAGGGAAGUUCCAAUAAACCCUUGAAUGACAACCAGUGGCAUAAUGUGAUGAUAUCACGGGACACCAAUAACCUCCAUACGGUGAAGAUUGACACCAAAAUCACAACACAGAGCACUGCAGGAGCAAGAAACCUUGAUCUCAAAAGUGAUUUAUACAUUGGAGGAGUUGCAAAGGAGACCUACAAAUCCUUGCCCAAAUUGGUUCACGCCAAGGAAGGCUUUCAAGGCUGCCUUGCCUCAGUGGAUCUGAAUGGACGCCUCCCAGAUUUGAUUUCAGAUGCUCUGUUUUGCAAUGGACAAAUAGAACGAGGAUGCGAAGUUGCAUUGAUGAAAGCUGAUUUGCAAGGUCCCAGCACAACAUGCCAAGAAGACUCAUGUGCAAACCAAGGAGUCUGCUUGCAGCAAUGGGAUGGAUUCAGCUGCGACUGUAGUAUGACCUCUUUCAGUGGAACGCUGUGCAAUGACCCGGGAACAACAUAUAUAUUUAGUAAAGGCGGUGGACAAAUUACAUAUACUUGGCCUCCCAACGACCGGCCCAGCACGCGAGCAGAUAGACUGGCAAUAGGGUUUAGCACAGUUCAGAAAGAAGCUGUCUUGGUGCGAGUGGAUAGCUCUACUGGGCUUGGAGAUUAUUUAGAGCUGCACAUCCACCAAGGAAAAAUUGGAGUUAAAUUUAAUGUUGGGACAGAUGAUAUCGCUAUUGAAGAAGUCAACGCAAUCAUUAAUGAUGGGAAAUACCACGUAGUACGUUUUACAAGAAGUGGUGGUAAUGCCACCUUACAGGUGGACAACUGGCCAGUUAUAGAACGCUACCCAGCAGGAAACAAUGAUAACGAGCGCCUGGCGAUUGCUAGACAGCGAAUUCCAUAUCGGCUUGGUCGAGUAGUUGAUGAAUGGCUACUCGACAAAGGGCGUCAGCUCACAAUCUUCAAUAGCCAAGCAACGAUAAAAAUUGGAGGCAAGGAGCGAGGUCAUCCGUUUCAGGGACAGCUUUCCGGACUCUACUACAAUGGCUUGAAAGUCCUGAACAUGGCUGCCGAGAACGACGCCAACAUAGUGAUAGAAGGGAAUGUGAGACUUGUUGGUGAAGUGCCUUCCUCUAUGACAACGGAGUCAACCGCCACUGCAAUGCAGUCUGAGAUGUCCACAUCGGUCAUGGAAACCACUACCACUCUGGCUACAAGUACAGCUAGAAGAGGAAAGCCACCGACAAAAGAACCCAUCGGCCAGACCACAGAUGACAUCCUGGUGGCCUCGGCCGAAUGCCCCAGUGAUGAUGAGGACAUUGAUCCCUGUGAGCCGAGCUCAGGUGGGUUAGCAAGUCCAACCAAGCCUGGACGUGGAGGCUACCCGAGUUCAGAUGAGGUGGUUCGGGAAUCCAGCAGCACGACUGGCAUGGUAGUUGGGAUUGUGGCAGCGGCCGCCCUGUGCAUCCUCAUUCUCCUCUAUGCCAUGUACAAGUACAGGAAUCGAGAUGAAGGCUCCUACCAUGUUGACGAGAGUCGAAACUACAUCAGUAACUCAGCACAGUCCAACGGGGCUGUGAUUAAGGAAAAGCAACCCAACAGCUCGAAAAGCUCCAACAAAAAUAAGAAAAACAAGGAUAAGGAGUACUACGUCUGAUCCCGAGUGCUGAUAAAAAGAACAAUUGUAUAGAAAUAGUCUUCAUUUUAUCUGAGACAUAAAACAAAACUUAUUUACUUUACUUUUUAUGAAGCACAUGCAAUGUUUAAAAAAAACGGGAGAAAAAGAACACAGGGAAUGCAAUUGGAAAGGAACAGACUUUUUUUAAGAAAAACAAACCAAGGGAAGAAAAAAAAUGAAAUAAGCAUUUCAUACUCUGGUUUUCCUGAAACUGGAGUCAAUAAAUCCCCUUACAUCCACAGUGUUUUCAUUUACUCUGCCGUCUUUAUGUUGCUGGAAUGUUUCUGAAGAUGAUGUUGGUAACUACUGCACACUCAAAAGGCAAAGAGUAUUACUACUAAAACAUCACCCAGCACCACACAAAAAUGCGACAAACUGAAACAAAAUAAAUGAAAUCUCUCUCACACACACUCACACACACACACAGAAGCUACCUAUGAAUCUGGAUUUAGCCGAAGUGCUAGUGCAUUCCUGAGGAGUAAGUUAAGUCUUAUUACCUGAGAAGACUUUGCCGUUCUAGACAAGAGCUCAACAAGCAAACCUGGGUUUGUCGCCCUGUGCAUCACAACAAUUGGAGCUUGGGUUUGAAGUUGGCUUUUCUGAAUAAACCAUACAAAAAGAAGAAGAAAAAGAAAAAGGAGAAGAAGAAGAAGAAGAAGAAUUUUUUUAAAAGCCCCUUUCUGGUUGUGAGGAAAAGAGUAUAGCGGCCUUAUUUUCAAAUAAUAAUAAUAACAAUUAACAAACAAAAGAAGUGAAAUAUAAGGCUUAUUUUCACACACCACCAAACAAACAAACCUGAGGGCAUAGAUGCAAUCAUUGGGGGGAAAGUUCAUGCACGCUUAAUAUGUUAUUACAUAUGUUUAUAUUAAAAAAACACAUCUAUAUGUGCUUUCUGGACUGUGAUAAGUGAUGUUUUCUAGCCUGUUGUAUAGACAAUGCAAACUAUAUCUGCUCUUCAACCAUUUUUGGUAAACUCAAUGUUCUAAGUGUUGCUAGGUAUAGAACGUUUUUGACAUCUGGAGCAACCAACAUCUCUGUUUACUUUUGCACCCAUGAGAAACUGCCACAGUUUUUCUUCCCCCUCCUGAUUCGUUCUUUCUUUCUUCUUCUUCCUUUUUCUUAAAAAGAUCUUUAGUUUAAUUUGAUUUUGAUUUACAGUAUAAUGACUAUACCAAGAGAGAUGUGUAUGAAUGUAUAUAAGAGUCAGCUAAUUUUCUUCUUAACCUGUACAGCCUUUCUCUCUCUUCUUUUGCAGUUCAGUUUUCGUAGUUUGUAUGAAAGAAGUGGAUUUAGAAAGCAAAUAUAUAUAGAUAUAAACAUUGGAAUUUUCUUCUUCUGUUUACCCAUGCACUCCUAGGAUACAUCAGGAAAACUAAUCAAAACCACAUGAUUUCUGCCCCUCCCCACAAACCUGGUGAUUUAAAGAAUCUUUGUAUUCCAGGUUGGAUUAGACCAUUGGCCGGUGCGUUUGAUCACUCCCCUGAGAGUCAGAAGUGAGAGAAAAUUCAAAUAUCAUGGAAUCCUUCAUCCAAAUCUUUAUUAUGGUUACAUUUAGUUGGUAAAAGAGCUCUGAAGUAUGUCCUUUAAAUAAUUCUAGCUCCUCCAACUAAGACAUUUAUCAGUUAUAGAAAGCAGAUAUAUGCCAUUCAAAAACAAUUCAAAACAUAAUUCCAGUUUGAAUAUGUAAAUGUUUCUUUUUUUUUUUUUUUGCUGUUCUUUUUAAAGAGGUAUAUCAGAAUCCAUCUAGGUUUGAAUGGUAUUUCUUCUUCUAAGCUAAAUUGGUUCCUUGCUUUGGUAAUAAGUUUCUCUGCAAAGUUUUAAAGUCGAAUGCAUUUUGGUUUAAAUACAUGUUACAAAUUUGCAGUUUUGUUUAGUUCUGUUUAAAAAGAUGGCUCCAUUGGGUUCCCAACAAUUGUGUAACAUCCCACAAAGUGUGAGAGAUAUAAGAGGAAUAUUAUACUCUGAAAGAAGCUAGUUCAGUAGAGAAUCAUCCCUUCUGCGGAAGGCCCCCUGGGAUGUGUACAAUUGUCCCUACUUUACAGACGGAAAGAAGGAAUUUAAAAUUAGCUUUAACCAGCAGGGCACUGCAUUGUCUUGUUUGCUGUUCACUGCCACUGGGGCGAAACAUUGGGAAUGGGUAGAGCUCUCAGUCUUCAGCAAAGGAAUACUUUAGAAAGAGAAAUAAAAAAAGGUCUCGGCAUUGCCAUCUUCAGAAGAUGCCAAAAGGUUUGAUGAUGCUGUAUGUGUCUAAUGCUUUGGAGAUUGGGGCUAGUAGGGCAAUGCUUGUCAAUAUGUGAAGGCCACAUAGCACUCAAGUUAUCCUACUGAAGUCAUCACUUCAUAUACCACCUUUAUAAGUUACCUUUGCCAGGAGAAGGACAGUGAAUGAGUACUGCCACAAAUCAUGAAGAAGGCACUGGUUUUUGCAACCCAAGAUAAGGCAGUGAUGACAAAUGAAUUUCCAUAACAAUAAGGCCACAUGGAAGGAGAUACGGUUUCUAUUCUUUGUCAUUCUCUAUCAAUGCCACAGUCUAAUCUGAUGGCAAGGUUCUUUUGUGUCGUCAUAUAUUGGCUCUGUUACCUAACUUGGGUUGUUGCUUUUCAAGUAAUUAACACAAUUACUUUUAAGGAAUAAGUGAUGCAGGGGUUGCCUUUUCUAGUAAAGGUAAUCUGAAGCUAUUUUCUGGGGAGUUUUACUCCCAUUCUUCCUUGUUGAUUUUGUGAUUUAAUAACAAACAAAGUGUUUGCAUUUAUCAAAUGUUGCAGUAGCGAUAUUAAAACACUUUUUUCCUCUCUUUUAAAAAACAAACAUAACAAACAUGUUAAUCCCAUCUCUAUAAUAAUCUAAUUUGUUUUCACUAUGGCUACAAUCCUAUGCACUCUUAACAGGGAGCAAGCCCCAUUGAGGUCUAUGGGUCUUCUUCUGGGAAAACAUGGUUAGGAUUGUGCUGUGAUGAGAUGGCUCUGGGUUGUUGUUUUUUCUUACUGUAUUGUGUUGCCUUUUUUAACAAUACACUAAAAUAAUGUGUGAAAUAAUUCAUUCCCAAGAUAUCAGAAAAGAGGUCAGAAGCCCUUAACCUUAUAGUGCUUUCUGUGAUAGAUAUUUACAAUUUUUUUUAUUUGUUGCAAGGCCAAUUUAUCCAUUAUUGGAAAUGCUAAGCAAGUGGAAUUUACCGUUUUGUUAAUAAAAUGUUUCUUAAUACA